AUGGAUCUCGCGACUUUACACGACGAUACGAUCGACCGCACCGCAGACGCAUGGAGUCCUUCAAGCAGCUCCAGUGACGACGACGCUUUCGACUUCUUCUCCGGUGAAAGCCGGGAAGUCGCAGCGCAGACUGUGCUCGUCGACACUUCACCUUCUGCCAGCGCCGUGCAGAACGACGGCGUAAAGGACAGGACUUGGCGGUGGCUACCUUUGCAGGGCGUCAACGACAUUCAUGUCUUCUGCUUCUACGACACCAACGCCGGUGACAGUUUAGGCGCAAUCCAUGGCCACUUUCGACUGGUAAGACUGGACGAAGUGCACGAGUAUUCUGCCCUGUCAUACGCCUGGGGCCCAAUUCAUGCGGAUGGCUCUCACCUUACGCACAAAAUUGUCGUCGAUUGUCUAGAGUUCCCGGUGACUGCACAUCUUCAUGCAGCUCUGCGAGCUCUACAGCGAGCGCGACAGCUCAGUCCGAAAACAUCGCUUCUCUCGGCCAUCUGGAUCGACGCGAUCUGCAUCGACCAAGGCAACCCGGUCGAAAGGAGUGCGCAGGUCAUGCUGAUGGGUCGUAUCUAUAGCAAAGCAGCAAGACUAUACGUUUGGCUCGGCGAGCUGGAUUCGGGCCCUGUACCUAUUGAAACCUCCGAUGUUGAUCUGCUGAUGGAGCGUUCGUUGACGCUAUCCGGCAGCGAGGAUAUUUCCAACGACGCUGGGUGA